AUGUUGAACAAACAAUGGAAAUUAAAUGAUUAUUUAACUUAUAUCCUUCUAACGUUGAUAUUUUUAUCUGCAUGGACAGAUAUUAAUGGAAUAUUUACUGAACUACCUCAAAUUAUUUUAACACAACCUGAAGGUUGGAGAUUGGGAAGUCAUCUUGGAUUUGUUGCCAGUUUGAGCAAUAUUGCGCCAUUGGCUUUAGUUUUUUGUAAAUGUGUUUGUCGAAAUCGUCCUCUCAAUAUUAUUCCGAUAAAUUACAUCGUUAUUUUCAUUGGAAUGAUCUCAUGUUUGUUGCUUGUAUUCUUGUGGUCGAAUACAACAUAUCUUUUUCAUCAAAAACGUAGUGUGGCUCUUCUUAUUCUGACGUUCUUUCUCGCAUUACUUGAUUGUACAUCGAUGGUUUCGUUCUCACAUUACAUGACACGUUUUCCAGCUGAAUUUACUAGUGCACUUUUCCUGGGUGAAAGUCUCACAAUGAUCAUUCCGAGUCUAUUAGCGAUUUUACAAGGUAAUGGACGAUUAACAUGCGUCUCUUCAACUAACUUCAAUACAAUAUCGAAUGCUUCAACAGUUGCCAUUUACGAAACGGCUCGAUUUUCAGUUUCUGUCUAUUUCUUCUGUAUUUUUCUGUUACUAUGCGUGUCAUGUACUGCUUUCGUCUUAUUACAAUGUACAAAUGUCACAAAGAACGUUGGCAACCAAGACGCGACAGUUGAACCGAUGAUGACUGAAGUACACCCUAUCCCUGAACCACCACUACGUAAACUCAGUCCGAAGUUCUACAUUUUGCUCCUAAUCGGAGCUUUGUAUACAAGUUCAAUUUUGUAUGGAAUAGUUUUCUCAAUUUCAGCCUACGUUCUUAUGCCGUACGGUCAUAGAAUCUUUUAUUUGGGUACAAUCCUUUCACCAUGGAUGUUUGCACUCGUCUGGUUUCUGGGCACAAUCAAACCACUGAUUGCCAAACGGUAUCUGUUAAUUCUGAUUAUAGUUGGAUCGAUUAUAUUCAGUUUUGAUUUGAUCAUAGCAGUCAAAAGUCCAUGUGUGCCCUUGAUGAACACAAGUGUGGGGAGUGUGCUCGUUCUGGUCAUUUGGUUAAGUCCUUACAUAUUCCUUGGCUAUCCUCGUCUAGUCAUUGCUAAUUAUGUUCGUACUCAUUCACCAAAUGGUAUGUUUUGGUUUGGAGCACAGGUGCAAUUGGGCGCGCUGAUAGGUUCGGUGCUUUCAUAUCUCGCAGUCGAAACGUUCUCGUUAUUCAAAGAACAAAUACCAUGUCAACGCGUACAAUGCUAA